UGCUCUCUGUUCAUAGUUUCGUUGCUCCACUCAACGUAUGCGCUCCACCACAUUCCUGCCGUUCCUUCCCCAGGUCAGGACUCUCCCAUGGGCUCCGUGAUCAGCUUGAAGUUGGGAAAUUCGCCCCUUUUUGGCACAGAAUGCAGGGGCUUGCAUUCUGGGAACGUGCGCUUUUCUCCGCAUAAUCCAAACAAUCAUCCGCGCAAAAGAAACAGAUUGGAUUGUUUUUGUUAUUCAUAUAAUAAUAAUACCCUCUCCGACUUCCUUUCCCCCCUCCAUGUGAUAGCUGCGAUUUGUGAGUGACUAAGACGUAAUAUGAUGCAGAAAGCUGCAUAUUAAUCGGUUCAGAACCAUUAACAACGUUGGCUCUCCAAAACGGUGGUUAAUCGUAUAUUUCUUUAAAUGAAUUGACACGUUUAUUUUUUGUAUUCGUUCAUUGAGAUAACUUGUAAGAGUUCUUUCCCUUCCGUCGUUACAGGGGAAUAGAUCCCAAAACAAGAUAGUGAAAACAGUUUUGUUGACACUGACAGACAGACACAAAUAGGGCAGACAACGUGCUGAACUGAACCAGCGUGACGUUUAGCUCAGGAGGCGCGGCAAAUUCGCUGACUGGAGUGCGCUUCUGUGGAAGAGUUGAGUUGAGACUGCGGAGACAGGGGCUGGAAAGGACAGCUGGAAAGCGCAGUGGGAGCGUUGGAAGUGCCGCUACACUCUGACCAGUCGUCAGAGAGCGACUUCGGAUUGCCUUGAAACUCUCUAAGGAUCUUGCCGGAAAACCUCGUCUGGAGAAAGGAAGAAAAUAAACGGGAUCAUAGUGCCUUGACAAUGGAUAAGCAUAAAGUGCUGGAGCGGUUGCUGGAGGAACUGCAGAGGUUCUUGAAGCUGCUAGAUGCGGAGAAGCUGAGUGGAAACGCCACCGUGCAGAAGAGUCUCCUCACAGACCUGCUGCACUCCUACAGAUCUAACGGUACAUAUGCAUGUGGGGAUGAGGAGUACAUCUACAUGAACAAAGUCAUCGUCACCAACCAGAGUCCAGUGCCUACAGACCGAGCAGACCACAGGCCUGAGACAGAGGCCAAUGGGAAGUAUGCUCCAGGCCCUCAGAAGAGCUUGCCGGAGUUGCCUCCACCUAGAUCUUGUGUGGUGGGAAGAGAGCCCUUCCCCUUGCCUGCCAUACCCGCAGAGUCUCCAGAGGGCUACUACGAGGAGGCCCAGCCUUAUGACACCACCAUCAACGACUUUGGUUGUUUUGGUCUCAUCUCUGGAGCCCGGACAUGUGUAGAGGCCUCAGACAAUGUGGUCUAUGCUGUGAUCACUCGUGACGACGGUGAGGCGGUCAGCAGCUCCUACGAGUCGUACGACGAGGAGGAGGUCUCCAAGGGCAAGUCGGCGGCGCAGCACCAGUGGCCGUCCACCGAGGCCUCCAUCGAGCUGAUGAAGGACGCCCACAUCUGCGCCUUCCUCUGGAGGAAGAAGUGGCUGGGCCAGUGGGCCAAGCAGCUGUGCGUCAUCCGUGACACGCGCCUGCUGUGCUACAAGAGCUCCAAGGACCAGACGCCUCUGCUGGACGUGAGCCUGCUGGGCUGCGCCGUCAUCUACAAGGAAAAGCAGCCCAAGAGGAAGGAGCACAAGCUGAAGAUCAUCCCGCAGGGCGGCGAGGCCAUCGUGCUGGGCCUGCAGAGCAAGGAGCAGACCGAGCAGUGGCUCAAGGUAAUUCAGGAGAUCAGCCCCAAAUCCACAGAGGGAUCCGAUGUGUCUGAAUCUCCCCGCCUCAUCUGCACCAAGGGCGAGCUCGGCGAGCGAUACUCGGUGGCGUCGGAGAGCGGCAGCAGCACAGACAGCCAUGCCGAGGCCCUGGAGGCUAAGGAUGUGAAGAAGAAGUACGGAGUGCAAGGUUUGAAGUUGAUGAUGAACAUUGGGAAGAAGAAGAUCUCCUCCUUCGACAGUCCAGAGAAAUGCGUGGACACCUCAGGUUACCUAAACGUACUGGUGAACAAUAAGUGGCACUCCCGCUGGUGCCUGAUCAAGAAUGGGCAGCUGUGGUUCUACCAGGACAAGGGCAAGGCCAAGCAGGCCCAGCAGCCGGUGCUGCUGGAGGGCUGCCGUGUGCUGCCGGACCCCAGCCCAGAACACCUCUACUCCUUCCGCAUCCAGAUGGACGGAGAGCAGCUCGCCACCCUAGAGGCCAAGUCCUCGGCUGAAAUGGGCCACUGGCUGGGCCUGCUGCUCUCGCAGACCGGGACCAAGACGGACCCGGAAGAACUGGCCUACGAUUACGUGAACUCGGAGAGGAUAUCCAGCAUAGUCAACGCGGCCAAGACCUCCAUGUACCUGAUGCAGAGGAGGUACUCAGAGCCCAACACUUACACAGACAGCCCCCCCUCUGAUCUCCCAGGAUCGGAUGACAUCUACGAUGAUGUGGCGUCCACCGAGAACGAGAUGGAGGACAGUCAGGAGGAUCUUGGCGAGGUGCUGACGGUGGAGCAGGACUCUAAAGACCGGCUGUACCUGGACCUGGUCCCAGUGCGGUCCUUCCUGCACACCUCCGGGCGUACGUCUCCGCAGUCGUCAUCCCAACCCCAGGCCCCACCGCAAACCCCGCCCCAGCCCCCGCCACGGGACCCCAGUCCAACAGAGGCCUCCGCUGAGGAGCCACAGGAGAGCACCUACCAGGAUGUCCUCCCCAACGAACAGCAGUAUGAGACCACACUGCCCUCAGACCUCCCCCCACCACACAAAACUGACCCCGCCCCCCCCUCAUACACCAACCCUCAUCUCCAGCCCCAGCCCCAGCCCCAGCCUCAGCCCCAGCCUCAGCCCCAGCCUCAGCCCCAGCCUCAGCCCCAGGCCCAAGCACAGGCCAAACCCCAGCCAAGCAGCAUCUUCAGCCAAGACACUGCAAAGAAGGCCAGCUCCAGCUCCAGCUCCGCCAUCAGCUCCACCACCACCAUCCAGCCUCAGCCCCCCGCACCCUCCCAGUCACCCCGGAGUCCCCAAACCGUCCGCGGGAGAGCCGCCAGCGCGGACAAGGCCAGAGUUCCAGUGGCAGCGUGCUCAGGGUCGAUCGAGGUGAAGCUGGGGAAGAACCGAACGGAGGCCGACGUGCGGCGCUACACGGACGAGCGGGACCGUCUGGAGAAGGAGAGGGAGGACGUGAAGAGCAACCUGGCCACCUUCAGGAAGGACCGGCGCGAGGCCAAGGAGGAGCUCAGCACCUGUCAAGACCCAGCGAAGCAAGGCGUCCUGGAGGCGUGUCUGAAGCAGAAGGAGGAGGCGUGCCGGGAGGCGGAGCGUCGGCGGGUGGAGGUGGAGCUUAGCCUGCAGGAGGUGAAAGAGAGCCUGAGGAAGGUGGAGGCCGGGCCCUUCACCCUCGGGACCACCAUGGACAGCAGCCUGCUGGACGCCGCUCUGUCUAAGGCAGUGUCCACGUCACCGCCGGCCCCGGUCGCUCCUGUCGCCCCUACCAGCAACGGAGACGUCAACUCGCCGGUCAACUCAGCCACCGCCCUGAAGAACAGGCCCCUGUCCAUCAUGGCCAGCAAAGGCAAAGUCCUCCAGAGGGCAAAGGAAUGGGAGAAGAAGACCACAUCCUAGGGAGAGGACCAGGAGCAGUCCACUGACACCUGAAACCACCAGUGCUCAUUCCUCAUGGGUCUUUGGCCCUGGACCAGGCUGCUUCCGCCUGGCAGGACCUGAGGCGGGAAUAAUAACUGCCCAAUCCCCUCCUCAUGUGUCUGCGAGCCACUCCCCCUCAAAGCCAGCUCUUCCAUUCAGAGACACUGACAGUACUGAGUGACAGCAGGCUUUCCUUCCUUGACACAGCCUACAACUCUGCCUCCCAGGACAACUAAUGCCACUGGACAAUUUGGGAGUUAGAGAGACGACAACAACAAAAAAAAACUAUUUAAUAUUUGUUUGUUUGUUUGUUUUUAUAUAUAUAUAUGCAAAAAGGGAGGGAUUUUCAUAACAUUGCAUUUUUCAGACUUUUUCCAAUUACAUGUUUCGCAAUACAGCAUAAAUGUAUGGCAUGACGUGUGGGAUUUUUUGGUGUUAUUAUGUGUAAAUGAAACGUGACCAAAUGAGGACAGAGACAUGAUGAGUGUCCUAGCAUUUCUGCAUGCCGCCCCCUCCACCCAACAGUUCAUACAGUCCAGAUUGUAGCUUGGUCUAUGUUUGCUGGGGAGCCAAGAUGUAAAUACAUAUUACACCAUUCAGUUCUGUUUCUUUUGACUUGUUACUGUAUGCUAGCUAAAACAUGCACUUUUUAUUCAAAUAAAAACCAAUUGGUAAUUACAGCAAUAUA